ACGUUGUGGAUAGAAUGCAAAUUGAUGAAAUUCUCACCAAUUGGUCUUCGUUUUUAAUAAUUGUGAAAUAUAAACUUUAACCACUGGGAAUAUAUUAAAACAGCAAGAUGUCGCGACACAGAAUAGUACGCGGCAUGGACUACAACGACGAAUAUGAUGGCUACGACGAUGUCUACGGUCAUUCCGUAGACGACGAUUGUGUUUCGCCAACGGAUCAACAAUGGCUUUAUGACCGAGCUCGUGGGCAACAGAGUAUGUCGGCGUUUAUUAACAAGAACAAGGACAUUCAAGAGGAGGCCGAGGAUGGCGACGAUGAUGAGGAUGAGGCGUAUCAAAAAGCCAGACGAGAUUCGGAGAGUUUCCAAAUGCCGGAACUGGAUGAGAUGGACCAGGCCAAGUUAAGUUCCUGCAUCGAUGAAGUGCGUAGUGUGGUGGGAGAUGCCGUUUCCGAGCGUCGCAUCGUUGAGACUUCAAUGCGCUUUGACUAUAACAUACAGAAAAUACUCGAUGAGAUUCUAAACGAGGAGACAAACAAGAAGGAGGAGAAGGAGAAGCGACCACAAAAGCUCAAACUGAAUCCGACGACCACAACAAAGGCCAUCACAACGGCUCUGACAACGCCAAAGGUGACGCCCACCAAGAUUACGCUGUCCGCCCAGAAGGAUGCCCGGCGCGGAUUCGAUAUAGCUUCACCCAAGGCCCCUGCCUCGCCGGUUGUCUCUGGCCGGAAUACGCCAGUCGAUAUCAAUGUGGGAGGCGACGAGGCGGGUCGAAGUGCCACGUCUAUCUUUAAGGUAUCCAAGGAUCAGGCGCAGCGCAAUGCCCAGCAUCUGUAUGACCAGGAGCGAUCCUCGCAAAAGAGCCACAUACAUAUGAUUGUGAUUGGACACGUGGAUGCGGGCAAGAGCACACUGAUGGGUCAUCUAUUGUACGACACAGGGAACGUUUCCCAGCGAGUUAUGCACAAACAUGAGCAGGAGUCCAAGAAGCUGGGCAAGCAGAGUUUCAUGUAUGCCUGGGUGCUGGACGAGACUGGGGAGGAACGUGCUCGCGGCAUCACCAUGGAUGUGGGCCAGUCGCGCAUCGAGACCAAAUCCAAGAUAGUUACUCUCUUAGACGCUCCUGGCCACAAAGAUUUCAUACCAAACAUGAUUUCUGGUGCCACGCAAGCGGAUGUGGCGCUGCUCGUUGUGGAUGCCACACGUGGCGAGUUCGAGUCCGGCUUUGAACUGGGCGGACAGACACGGGAACAUGCCAUUCUGGUGCGCUCACUGGGAGUCAAUCAGCUGGGCGUGGUCAUUAACAAACUGGACACAGUGGGCUGGUCCAAAGAGCGCUUCCAAGAGAUUGUCCACAAGCUGAAGUCCUUCCUCAAACAGGCGGGUUUCAAGGAGUCUGAUGUCAGCUUUACGCCGUGCUCUGGUCUGACGGGCGAGAAUCUCACAAAGGCCGCACAGGAGCCUGGCCUUAAAGCCUGGUAUGAAGGACCUCAUUUAUUAGAUGUCAUCGAGCACUUUAAGGUGCCGGAACGAGCCAUUGAUCGGCCGCUGCGAAUGUCCGUGUCGGACAUCUAUAAGGGCACCGGCUCCGGUUUUUGCAUUUCGGGACGGAUCGAGACAGGCGUACUCUGCCUGAAUGACAAGGUGUUGGUGGGUGCGAGUCGGGAGCAGGCGCAGGUGAAAGCCCUCACCAUGGACGAGCUUACACAGACGAGUGUCUUUGCCGGCGACCAGAUAUCCGUAACACUUGCCGGCGUUGACAUUAACAACAUUACAGUCGGCUGCAUCAUUUGUGAUCCGCAGAUGCCAAUACCCGUGACGACACGUUUCCAGUGCCGCAUCAUCGUCUUCAAUGUCAAGGUGCCAAUUACAAUGGGUUAUCCGGUACUGUUGCACCACCAAUCGCUCAUCGAGCCGGCUGUUGUCUGCAAACUGACGGCAUCAAUACACAAGAGCACCGGAGAGGUUGUCAAAAAGAAGCCGCGUUGCCUAGGCAACAACUCGUGCGCACUUGUCGAGGUGGAAACCUCUCGACCGAUUUGCAUUGAGCGAUAUGCCGACUUUAAGGAACUGGGACGGAUUAUGCUGCGGGUGGCGGGAGUUACGAUUGCCGCUGGCAUGGUGACUAAAAUACGCUAAGAGUGCUUGCUCCUUCUUUUUUACACUUGUACGAAAUUUUAGUUAGCUUUUAGUUUUGUUUUUGUUAAUAAUAAAAACAUAGUUGAGAUUGCGCCACCAA